AUGCCUCCAACACGCCGCAAUCUCUUCCAGAGCCAUCUCACCCGCCGUCCCACGCCUGGUGCAGCUUCAACGUCAACCUCGGUCUCACACUCUUCAAACAACAACAGCACCGCGUCCACAUCAGUGCCAAACGACGCCCUAUCAGAUGGGGCUUCGCAAUCAGCAGCGAUCCAGAGCACCGCAUCGUCGAGAGAGACUUCCGUGCUGAUGUCUACGUCUACCGACAAUAAUGGUGGGGAUAUCAUCGCAAGGGAUAAGAACGGGAACUUUCAACUAGACAUCCCAGUCCUUCCGCCGCUGCCACCAGAUGAAGAAGCAGAUGAAGAGACCAUGGAGGGAAUUGAAGAAGGUCGACCCAGUGGUGGAUCAGGAAGCUCCGGUGCAAAUGCGUCGGGCGUCGACUCCGAGAUUGGCGGUCGAGAUAAAGAGAAAUUUGAAGCAAAUCUCAUCGAGAUGGUUCAACGAAGCCGCGGCAGACACUUGAGCACUGAGCCAGAGAUUCUCAAUUUGAUCCAACAAAGUCUACGUGCUAAAGUCGCCUCUCUGGAUGAAGAUAACUGGAUGUUUGAGGUCGAGGACGACUCUCUUGCAUAA